CUCUUCUCUCUCUCUCUCUUCAAAUUAGAUAAUGGAGACGAUGGAAAAUCAUCAUUACCGAACCCAAUCCGAUGCUGAUUCACAAACCAGUCAGUCCGAAUCAUUCUACUCUCCUCUCCGUUUGGAAUCUCCAUUCCACUCCGAUGAUCCAAAUCAACCACCAGAAGAAAUCAAUACUUCGCCUUCAAAACCACCUUCUCCGGGGAUCUUCUCCGUUAGCAAGUUCCUUCCGCCUCUCCGUUACACAAAUCACCAGCAAAAACUCACAAGACAGAAAUCCGAGUUAAUUAGCCUGCCUCCUCCGCCACCUCCGCCGCCUAUGUUUUCAUUGUCGGUAAAUGAGGCGGCGGCGAGACGAACACAGAAGAUGGCUCUGGCCCACAAGGGUAGACCCGGGAUUGGGUCUGCCGGUGCCGGAGGUGGUACUACUGGUGGUGGGAUUGGGUCUGCCGGAGGUGGUACUGGUGAGGAUUUAGAAGGUGGUCGUGUUGUUACAGAGAAACGGAGGCAGGAAAGAUUGACACGGCCGGCGGUGGCGGUGGCGCCGCCGACGAGUCCGGGGAAAGGUAGAGGAACGAUGGUGAAGAAGAUGGAAUUGUGGUUUAGGGUUUUAGAAAUUAUUGGGUGUGUAAUUUCUUUCUCGAUUAUGGCAUCUGAUAAGAAUCAAGGAUGGACUGGUGACUCUUUCGAUCGCUACAAGGAAUACAGGUAUUGCGUGGCUGUGAACGCCCUCGGGUUCGCAUACGCUACGUUUCAAGCUUGUUGUGCGACGUACAAAUUGGUGACCGAGAAACAAUCCCACAUCUUAGGUUGCUAUUUUGAUUUCGCAAUGGAUCAGACCAUAUCAUAUCUUCUUAUAUCAGCUUCAUCUGCGGCAGCCACUAGGGUUGAUGAUUGGGUAUCAAACUGGGGAAAGGAUCAGUUCACAGAGAAGGCUACUGCAUCCAUUACUACGUCGUUUCUUGCUUUCGCAUUGUUCGCGGUUAGCUCUCUUUUAUCUGGCCAUAAUCUCUGCAGCCAUAACUAACCGAUCGAUGCAA